AUGUCUAUGCCGAGGAAAAUGCCAUAUGUGAGGCUGGGGAAUUCUGGCCUGAAGGUGUCCAGAAUCAUACUUGGCACCAUGCAGUACGGUAACAAGGGAUGGCAAGACUGGGUCCUCGGAGAGGAUGAGGCGGUCGAACACAUCAAAGUUGCUUACGAAGCAGGAAUUCAGACUUUUGAUACUGCUGAUACAUAUUCAAAUGGUUACUCGGAAGUUAUUCUGGGACGCGCGAUCAAGAAGUUGAAUUUACCCCGCGACGAAAUUGUCGUCAUGACCAAGGUGUACAAUGUGGUUGGACGCGAAUACAGCACCCACCAGCUUAGCGGGCGUAAGGACCCAGAUCAGAAUGGUUAUCACAUCUUCGCAAGCGUGAAAAAAAGUCUGGAGCGGCUUCAACUGGAUUAUAUUGACCUUCUACAAUGCCACAGAUUCGACAAAGAAACACCGAUUGAAGAGACGAUGCAAGCAUUGCACGACGUAGUCAAGGCUGGCUAUGUCCGUUACAUCGGGAUGAGUUCUUGCUGGGCGUACCAAUUCCAAGCGAUGCAAAACUAUGCGAUCACAAACAAGCUCACUCCCUUCAUCUCCAUGCAGAACCACUACAGUCUACUCUAUCGCGAGGAGGAGCGCGAGAUGUUCCCUACUCUCAAGAUGUUUGGUGUCGGUUCAAUUCCAUGGUCUCCACUGGCUCGCGGUGCCCUCACACGGCCCCUUGGACAACAGACAAACAGAGGCCAAUCCGAUUGGCAAGCGUCGGCUUACGAAACUAUCGUUACCCGUGUCGAGGAACUUGCCAAGAAGAAAGGUGUAACCAUGGCCCAAAUAGCAAUAUCAUGGAUCUUGACGAAGGAUGGUGUAUCAGCUCCCAUCGUCGGAACUACGAGUAUCCAAAACUUGAAAGAUAUCAUCGCUGGAAUCGACGUGAAACUCACAGCAGAAGAAAUCAAAUAUCUGGAGGAAGAGUACAAACCUACUGCUGUGAUUGGUCACUUCUGA